CGGGUUGUAGGGUUAAACUUCAUACUUGUUUUGUUUUUAAUUUAAGGUUAUUUAAGAAAAGUGCCGAAAGCUGUAAUUUUAUUGUACAUAAGAGCACUAAGGGAAAAAAGUAAUCAUGGCUAGCAAGCCUAACUCUAAAAGAACAAUUUACGUCGGCGGCUUAGCUGAGGAAGUCGAUGAGAAAGUUUUAAAUGCCGCCUUCGUUCCUUUCGGAGAUCUUGUUGAUGUCCAAAUACCUCUCGAUUAUGAAACGGAGAAGCACAGAGGAUUUGCUUUUAUCGAAUUUGAGAAUGCUGAAGAUGCAGCCGCCGCUAUUGAUAAUAUGAAUGACUCUGAGUUAUUUGGGCGUACAAUAAGAGUGAAUAUAGCAGCCCCGCAAAGAAUCAAAGAAGGUUCCACUCGUCCGGUAUGGUCUGAGGACAGCUGGCUACAGAAGCAUGCAGGAGAAACUUUAAAUGUUGAUAAAAAUGGUGAAGAAGAUGCUACGAAGGAGAAAACAGAAACAGGGAGUGUCCUACCAACAAAACCGACGGAGAAACGUAAUCCUCAAGUAUACUUUGAUAUAAGUGUGGGUAAACAGGAAAUAGGAAGGAUAAUAAUGAUGCUAAGAGCGGAUAUAGUACCAAAGACAGCUGAAAAUUUCCGAGUCCUCUGUACACACGAAAAAGGUUUUGGUUACCAAGGAAGUAGUUUUCACAGGAUUAUACCGGAUUUUAUGUGUCAAGGUGGCGAUUUUACAAAUAACAAUGGAACAGGAGGUAAAUCAAUAUACGGAAGGAAAUUUGAAGAUGAAAAUUUUACAUUAAAACACACGGGACCUGGUAUAUUAAGUAUGGCAAAUUCUGGACCAAAUACAAAUGGAUCGCAGUUCUUUUUAUGUACAGCUAAGACAGACUGGUUGGACGGAAAGCACGUAGUCUUUGGCCACGUAAUAUCCGGUCUAGAUGUGUUGAAGAAAAUGGAGAGAUACGGCAGUAAAAGCGGAACUCCAUCAGCGAAAAUUACCAUAAGCAAUUGUGGGGAAUUACAAUGAUAUUAAAUGAA